AUGGACCCCCCAUUCCAGUCGCUGGCUCCCCCGGCCCUCACGACACUUCGCACAUUGGACUCCACCCUCAUGACCCGUUCCCUCAGCCAAGACAUUCGGAACGAGAGAGAAGAACUUCAAGAAGCCGCCGCCCAGACUCUGAAUGUCAUUGUCGACCUCAACCUCGACGGCACCAUCAAGUGGGUGAGCCCCUCGUGGAACGACGUUGUCGGCACCCCCUACGACACCCUCGAUGGCACCCUGCUCUCCGACCUCAUUGUCAGCGACAACAAGACUGCCUUUACCGACAUUGUCGAGUCUAUGAAGAGCGACGACUCCAAGAGCCAUCGUGUCAAGUUUGCCAUGCGUCUUGGUCCCCUCUCGAAAUUGCGUCUCAACCUACCCGCCGAAAACGCGCCAGACGAUGAGGGAACCGAGCAAGUCCCACCCCAAGAACAGGAUGAAAUCGCAGAACUCGAAGCCCAAGGCAUAAUGGUCUACGAUAGUGCUUCCGGAGGCGAGAGUCAUACCAUGUGGAUGAUUCGUCCGUGGACGCCUCCGCAGGAAAUCCAAAUCGACCUCCCCGAUGUCAUUGUCGACUCCCUGGGCUCGGGCGCCGAGGUCCUGGCCGGCUACCUCACCAAGCUGGCCGAGUCCGCCGAAGAGGACUCCGAACCGCACGACCCCCCUCCCCCAGUCCUCUGUCGAAUCUGUGAACGCCAGAUCCCCCCGUGGUGGUUCGAGAAGCAUACCGAUCUCUGCCUGCAGGAGCACCGGGCCGAGAUGGACGUGCAGUUGGCGCAGGAAAGUCUCAACGAACACCGUCAUGCUAUUGUCAAAGUCCUUGAUGCUCUUGAGACUCGCCAAAGUCGACUGCUCGAACCACAACUCACGCCACUCGCCGAUUACAAGGGGCUGCCCAUUGGGCCGGCUCCGUCUACGCAAUCAUCGCCAAGCACGUCGCUUGCUCGUUCGCGAGAUCGCACCGGUGGCUUUGGGCAUUCUAGAGGACGCUCUUUUGCCAUCCGACGGCCACAGGCGAGGAUCGUCGAACUGCUGAUGGAUCUGUGCGACACGGCCCUCGAAAUCAGCAACCCCACCAUCAAAGAGCACGCGCAUCCCGACGGCGAGAUUCGCACGCAAUCCCCGCAGUCUGAAUCUCGAAUAUCACAGGUCCUGCAGUGGCAGUCCCCCAGCACCAAUACCCUCGAGCAGGAGCAGGGCCUGGCUCUUUUGUGUGCCGACACGGAAAAGGCUGCCCGCAACAAGGUGGACGCCAUCUUUCGACACCGCAAGAUUCUGGAGUAUUCUGAACGCAUUCGCAUUGAGCUGUCAUGCCUUGUCCAACACUGCGUCGAGGAGGCCAUGCGAAAGGCUGCCCGCAUUGCCGCAGGUCAACUCACAGACUCUAGCGUUGAAGACACUGAUGAGCAGCAGCAGCAGCAGCAGCCCCCCGAACCUGAAGAGAAGGAGCCUGAAAGCGUUUUGGGCUCACGCUCUCGCGGUCGAUCAGAGGCCAGCUCCAGCCACCUUGUCACCAGCCCCUCCGCCCUUGCAGCUGCCCUACGCCAAGUCAACUUGUCGGCUGCUGUGCAGGGCGGCUCUCGGCCAAGCUCCAUCGUCGGCUCUACAGGCUCUGCCAGCCCUAAAGAGUGCCUCACGCCGAGAUCAUAUGUUGGCACGUCGCAGUCUCGCGACGGCCGGCGGGGCUCCUCUCUCUGGCUGGAAAGUGACCUGGGGGACCCGGAAGAAAGCUUCCGGUCACUCUCUGUAUCCAGAAACAUGCCGAGAACCGACUCACCAAUGUCCGAAUUUGGUGAUCUCAGACGCGCUGCGAGCGCGCGCCAACACCAACGGCGAAGCCUCAUCAUACCCGGCGCAACCUCUCCUCGCCGCCAGGAGUCACCCUCUCGUAGCACACAGCCCUCAUCGCCGCUGAGGAUCAAGCCUCGCAUCAUCCCUGGUUCCCACGAUGUCAUGGUCUCCCCAGAAGCGUCGCCCAUGUUUCCCUCUAGCGAGUUUAGCUCCCCGAUUGCACACCCCACGCGACAUCACAGAAGGCAAUCCUCAGCCGCCAUCUCCGACUUUGUCAUGCGACCACCGCCGUCUCCGCGCCUGGGGGCCAGUCAAGCACCGCCCCAGGCACGAUCCAACCAGCCGUCCAUCAAAGACUUUGAAAUCAUCAAGCCCAUCAGCAAAGGCGCUUUCGGCAGCGUCUACCUCUCCAAGAAGAAGUCUACCGGAGAGUACUUUGCCAUUAAAGUGCUGAAAAAGGCAGACAUGGUUGCGAAGAAUCAGGUUGGCAACGUCAAGGCUGAGAGAGCCAUCAUGAUGUGGCAGGGCCAGAGCGAUUUCGUCGCAAAGCUCUACUGGACAUUUUCCAGCAAGGACUACCUCUAUCUCGUCAUGGAGUACCUCAACGGUGGUGACUGCGCCGCGCUGAUCAAGGUGCUGGGUGGCUUACCAGAGGACUGGGUGCAAAAGUACCUCGCCGAGGUCAUCCUUGGAGUCAAGCAUCUGCACGAGCGCGAUAUCAUCCACCGUGAUCUGAAGCCAGACAACUUGCUGAUUGACCAGAAAGGCCAUCUGAAGCUCACCGACUUUGGUCUGUCCCGAAUGGGUUUGGUUGGCCGUCAGAAGCGAGCGUUGAACAGCGAAACGAGCGAGACCACGCCCGACCUCCUCAAACAAGGACCGUUUGUGCGAUCGGCAUCCAUGGCCUCGUCUCGCUCCACGUCGUUGGACCUUCAAGGCACAUCCCAGUCCCCAACAAUGACUCCGCAAAUGACGCCAGAUGUCGGCAGCAUGUCCCAACCAUCCUACUUUAGCCUGGGCCAGCUGACGGAGCCUCGACGAACCUCUGGCGGACGACGAAGCGACAGCGGGGGAAGUGAAUCUCUUUCACAGAUGCUGUCCAACUUUUCGCUCAACGACGACCUCGGAGCGUUGAGCUUGACCAAGUCGCCCGACGACGACGUCAUUCACGGGUCGCCCGAUAUGAUAGGCAGUCUGCCUAGUACCAGAGCCAGCAUUGACAGCCACGCGCGGAAUUCAUCUAUCCCGCAAACCAUGAUGCCGCCACCCAUGGCACUCUUUGACCCGCAGGAUACGAACCGACGAUUCGUCGGCACACCCGACUACCUCGCACCGGAAACCAUCAACGGCGACAAGCAGGAUGAAACCUCGGAUUGGUGGUCUGUCGGGUGCAUAUUGUUUGAGUUUCUCUUUGGCAUCCCCCCAUUCCACGCGAGUGAAGCUGAGCAAGUGUUUGACAAUAUCCUCGCGCGCAAGAUUCAAUGGCCGGAGGAGGCGGUUUUGGAGACUGUCUCUGAAGAAGCCAAGGAUCUCAUCAACAAGCUACUCUGCAUUGAUCCUCUGCAGCGUCUAGGAUCUAACCGCGAGGAAAAGUUUGAGUCUGGCGGCGACGAAAUCUGCCACCAUCCCUUCUUUGCAGGUCUUAGCUGGGACUCGCUACUCGAAGACGAGGCGCAGUUUAUUCCCCAACCCGAGAACCCCGAGGACACCGAAUACUUUGACGCCCGCGGCGCCGUGCUGCAGUCUUUUGCAGAGGAGAUGGAAGACCAGAUGUCACCACAGUCGGCCUCCGGCGAGUACCCCGACCGACCACACGAUGCGCUAUCACGCAUCAGAACACAGGUCAACUCGAUUAACCGCAAGCUCAUGCCGCUGCACAUUCCCCCUCACGUGCGGGACAUGAAGUCGAGACGUCUCAGCGAACCAGUCGUUUCCGACGACUUUGGCAACUUUUCCUUCAAGAACCUGCCGGUCCUCGAAAAGGCCAACAAGGACGUCAUCCAGAAGCUGCGCGCCGAGGCGCUCGCGGCCCAGAACAAGCAAUCUUCAAGCAGCGGCUCCACGGGAUCGCCCGUCCCUUCGCUGGAGGGCAGCCCGGUUCUGGCGAACCACUUGCAGAGAACGUUGUCCAACGCCAAGGGCAACCGCCCCCAAUCGCCAUCUGGGUUUAGUCACGCGACCUCGUCACCCAGCCGGGCCUCUCAGCCCUCGUCGCCACUGCUGGUGUCGUUUGUGGCUGGCGGAGAAGGCCGCCGAAAAGCGUCGAGUAACGCAUCCAGCCUUUCGCAUCAGUCGUCCACGCUACAACCGAAUGCGCCGCCUAUUGACAUUCCCAAAGUCCCCCCUAGUCUGCAAAAGGCGGCCACGACUGUUGGUGCUUCACCCGUCAAGGGCAAAGCGACGCCGCAGCUCGCCAUCUCGCCCCAGAAGCUUUCCACCCCACGCAGCGCCGGCCGAUCACGCUCGCUCACCGUUGGCUCCGCCGAGUCGAGCCCCGUGGCCGCCGACAUGCUCCACCACCGCAACCGCCGAAGCCAAGUCUUCGACAUGUCGCCAUCCUCGUCAGACAAUGAAGGGGACAGGCACAGUGCACUGCUGCGCGUGCAGAGGCGCCGGCAAAGCUCACGCCGUCUGUCACAGAUUGCGUUUGAUGGCGGCACUCCCACAUUUCGACCGCUGGACGUGCUCAUCUGCGAAGACCAUCCCGUAUCGAGAAUGGUCAUGGAAAAGCUGCUCGAGAAGCUCCGCUGCCGCACCAUUUCCGUGUCCAACGGCUCCGAAGCUGUGCGAUACGCGAUGAGCGAGAUCAAGUUUGACGUCAUUUUCCUGGAGUAUAGGUUGCCCCAGAUCAAUGGCGCUGACGUUGCUCGGAUGAUUCGCGAGACCAAAAACACCAACGCACACACUCCAAUCGUCGCCAUCACAUCUUAUCUAAAAGAGCUGCAGGCGCCCCACUACUUCGAUUCGCUAAUUGAGAAGCCUAUUAGCUCCUCCAAGCUCAGCGAGGUACUUCGCGGGCUCUGUCAAUGGCGACCCGAGUCGCCCCAGCGCUCCAGCUCCGGGUCGGCCCCCGUGACCGUCCGCAAACCCCGAUCAGACAGCCCGACUUCGAGCGGGCAAUUCCUGUCCAGCCAAGACUCGACGAGCGUUUUCGACUCGGAGCCGGCCGAUGACGUUCCUUUCAAGGGCGACUGGGAAGGCGGGCUCGGCAUUUGCGGAUCCGACAUCCCGGACCGGCAUGUAACGCAACCUGAGCCCGCACAAUCGGAGCAUGUACGGUCACUCGACAAGCUUUCCAAGCGAGAGCCGGACCGUCGCAGCUCGUCAGAAGGCACCGACUCGGCGGACGACGAGGAUGACGAGGCGCACAAGGAGAAGCACGCGCGGCGCGCCAGCAAGGCCCUGUCCAAGACGCCGCUCCCGAGCUCCAAGCUGGGCAUCGAGAUGAUGCGCGCCAACAGCCACGACAGCAUGUUGGGCGAUAGCACGCCCGAGACGGUCACGCAGGUGGCCACGCCGUCGCAAGAGGUGCCGCCGGGGCUGAGCACGCCACCGACCGAGCCCCCGGAUGUCGAUGCCACGCCACGGCCCAGCGAGCCGCAGGACGAUCCGACACCGCGGCCAAACAAACCAUAG